AUGAGGAAAUCAUUAUCAACAACUAAGGAUACAUCAAGUAGAAAUUAUUCCAGAAAAAACGACGGAGAUCGAAUGUAUAGAAGAGAACAUUAUGACCCAUAUUAUUCACUUGGAAGUCAUGACGGUACACGAAGAAAUAAUCAAUAUCGACACAGGUCACCACCAGCAGCAGAGACUUCCCGAGGAAAUUAUAGCGCUGGGGCUCCGAAACUCACAGACCAUAAUUUCUGUGUUUCAACAUCAGAGGUAGUGGCAGAAUUGGAAAAAUUGGGUAAUAGGGUCAAAUGGCCUGGAAAAAUGAAAUCAGAUCCGAGUAAAAGAAUUCCAGAGCAUUUAUGUGAAUUUCACAAAGAACAUGGUCACAAAACCAAGGAUUGCCAUGCAUUGCGAUUGGCAGUCGCCGAACUUUUAGAGCAAGGGCACUUGACGGAUUUGCUAUCGGAGAAAGGCAAGCAAGUAUAUUAUCAGAAGAGGGAGAAAGGAGCGCCUCCACCAUUUCCCGAGCCAAAGAGCGUAGUAAAUUUUACUAUAGGUGGUGUAGAUGUCAACAUCAUAGCAGGCUUGGACGUCAACAAAGUUACUUACACUUCAGGCAUGAAGUUCAAAAGAGUAACAACCAGAAAUGAAAAAAGGGAUAGGCUGACUUUCGUCGAGGAUUGUAUCACCUUCGAUGAAGUCGAUGCCGAUAAUAUGCAAUUUUCGCAUAAUGAUGGGUUAGUAAUUACUUUGCGCAUCUUAGAUAAUGAUAUUAAGCGUGUUUUUGUUGAUAAGUGA